AUGGGGUGUGGUGUCUCUCUUCCCCCUCAGAUCCGCGGCAAAGGCUUCGACUGGCCCCUGGUCGUGAAGGAUUUCAACCUGCUGCGCUGGCUGGGGGCAAACUCUUUCCGCACCAGCCACUACCCCUACGCCGAGGAGAUCAUGGACCUGUGCGAUGCCUACGGCAUCGUGGUGAUCGACGAGUGUCCGGGCGUGGGGGUUAAAAUGCCUGAGAGCUUUGGGAACAAGUCCUUGCAGCAUCAUCUUGUUGUGAUGGAGGAGCUGAUCCGCAGGGAUAAGAACAGGCCGUCAGUCGUGAUGUGGUCAGUAGCCAAUGAGCCGGCAUCGGAGCUGCCCCCAGCAGCUUACUACUUUAAGACAGUGAUAGCUCACACUAAAGCUCUCGAUCCCUCCAGACCAGUAACCUUUGUGACAGAUGUUAAUUACGCUCUUGAUCGUGGUGCUCCUUACGUGGAUGUAAUUUGUGUAAAUAGCUACUUCUCCUGGUAUCACGACCCAGGCCACCUGGAAGUUAUUCCACUACAACUCACAGCACAGUUUGAGAACUGGUAUAAAACCUACCAAAAACCCAUUAUCCAGAGUGAAUAUGGAGCAGACUCAGUUCCUGGACUUCACAGUGAUCCACCUCUGAUGUUCAGCGAGGAGUAUCAGAAAGCUAUGCUAAGAGAGUACCAUUCUGUUUUUGACAAGAAGAGGAAAGAAUAUGUGAUUGGGGAGCUCAUAUGGAAUUUUGCUGAUUUCAUGACUAAUCAAGGGACCACACGUGUUUUGGGGAACAAGAAAGGAAUAUUUACCCGCCAACGACAGCCCAAAUCAGCUGCAUUUGUUCUUAGAGAAAGAUACUGGAAGAUUGCAAAUGAAUCAAGCUGUCUUCCUCCUAUAAUAAAAUCACACACCCUCUUUCUAAAAUGAAAUCACACGGUAUAGUGGCUGGGUACUAUGCUGAACUUGUUCAUUAAAUUUUGUUUAAAUA